GGUGCUGUCUGAGACCGAGAGUGGUUUGUGUUGUGUGGUGUUGUCAUGUCAAUUCGAUACAUAACCUAUAAGAUUAUCAUUUUCUCAUUUUAGGAUUUGUAACUUUCCAUCUUACUAAAAUGAAGAAGAUCAUUCACAUCUGAUUGGAAUUUCAGAAUCAUUUGAAAAUGGCUGACAUACUGUCGGUGGCGAGGAGGUCAAGAAAUUAUGAGGAUCUAGAUAGAUCAUUGAGUUCAGAUGCCAUCUCCCAUGAAUCAGAUGGACAUCCACCUCAAGAGCUGGAGAUGAACUCUGUAUCUGUUGUUCCAGAUGAUACUUUUACUGUAACUCAGGCUGUGAAUGCGUUUGGAUUUGGAAAGUUCCAAGCUAAGCUGUCCCUAUUCACAGGUCUCUGCUGGAUGGCAGAUUCAAUGGAAAUGACAAUCCUCAGUAUUUUGUCACCGGCACUGCAUUGCGAAUGGAAUAUCACCAGAUAUCAGCAAGCCCUUGCGACAACGAUUGUAUUUCUUGGAAUGAUGAUAAGUUCAACUUUUUGGGGCUACAUCAGUGACAGAUAUGGUCGAAAACAGGCUUUGACACUAUGCGCUGUGCUGCUGUUUUAUUAUGGUCUUCUCAGCUCGUUCGCACCCAACUACACGUGGAUUCUCAUCCUCCGCGGUUUGGUUGGCUUUGCAAUUGGAUGUGUUCCUCAAUCUGUGACAUUGUAUGCGGAGUUUUUACCGUCAAAACAACGAGCAAAGUGUGUUGUACUGCUAGAUUGCUUCUGGGCUUUAGGAGCUUGUUUUGAAGUUUUAUUGGCUUUACUUGUGAUGCCAACACUAGGAUGGCAAUGGCUGCUGGCCUUAUCCACAGCCCCUCUUCUUGCAUUUGCCUGUAUUUGUCCGUGGCUUCCCGAGAGUGCUCGAUAUCACGUGGCUUCGGGGCAACCUGACAAAGCAUUGGCCACUCUGAAGCAGGUGGCUGCAGAUAAUCGAAAACCAAUGCUGCUAGGCCGACUAGUGGUGGAUGACUCUGUAUUGGGUGAGCGGGGUAGAGUCAAAGACCUGCUCAUCCCACAGUUGCGGAGGACUUCUCUUCUUCUCUGGUUUAUUUGGACUGCGUGCGCAUUCUGUUACUAUGGUGUUGUGCUCAUGACUACAGAGUUAUUCGAAGUUUCUGAAACUCGUUGCGCUCAAGUGCCCUCUACAAAACCCAUUCAAACGACCUGCACAGCUGACUGCAGACAACUCAAUACACAGGACUACAUGGAUUUAUUAUGGACUACUUUGGCUGAAUUCCCUGGAAUUUUUGCAACGAUUUUCGUGAUUGAACGCUUUGGACGAAAGCAUACUAUGGCUGUGCAAUUCGUGAUAUUUUCUGGCAGUGUUGGAUUUCUUUUCAUUUGUACUAAAAACCGUGCUUUUCUAACUGUAACCUUGUUCCUGGCUAGAGGAAUAAUUGCUGGUGUCUUCCAGGCUGCAUAUGUCUAUACUCCAGAGGUUUAUCCGACUCCACUAAGAUCAGUAGGGGUUGGCACCUGCAGCGCAAUGGCUCGCUUUGGAGCCAUGGUCACGCCCUAUAUUGCUCAGGUUCUGAUGCAGUCGUCUCUAGUAGUGGCUAUGACCGUGUAUGGGGUUUCAGCCCUUUUGGCGGCAUGUGCCUGUUUCUUCCUACCUAUAGAAACCAAAGGCAAGGAAAUGAAGGAAUCUGUCACACCUCCUGGUCAAAUUAGAUAGCAACCAAAUAAUUCUUGAUAAUUAUUUCAAUCUGACUAAAUGACAGACUAUAUUUUUCAUAAUCGACAUAUUUACUUAAUGAUAUAUCAUAUAAGAUUAUAACUUUGUACAUAUAUUUAAGAAAAAUUGUGGUAAAUUAUUCAUUUAUUUAUGUAUUACUAUCAAAAAAUAUUUUAUAAAAUAAAACAAAUAUAAAUUA